GCCUUCGACAAGCGUCCGACUUCGGGAGUCGUAUUCAGCACAAAUUGAAGUUAUCCUCCAAUCAAAUUUUGGCUUGGUACCGAGACGGAAAAAAUCUGACCCCUUCAUCCUUAAGUUCAGGCGCCUUCCUCACUGCCGCUGCGUGCUCGGUCCAAUGCGAUACUGCACACAGUCUGCCGUCUGGGAUCGGUUUCUUGUGGGUUGCCUGGCAGCGAGCGCCUUAUGACCGCUCUCUGGGAAUCGGAGACAUUGUGUUUCUUCCCAGCUGGCGGCUGGGUUGAGACUUUGCACUGUGUGAAAUAUGUCAAACCCCAAGUCGCGGUUGUCUCUCUGCCGCAUUCUUCAUUCUUCAAUCAAGGACAAAACCGGCAGUAACGACUGUGGCUGCGCUUGUCGAGACACUUUGGUGGCUGCACCUGUUUCUCUUGCUGACAAGCGUUGCCGUACUCACAAGCCGCGACUAACGCGCUGUCCUCACUGUGAUACGCUCUGCUUCUCUCUUCAGCUCGCCCGCCUCCAUCUGUCUACCUCGACUUAGGAGGAUCUCGCCAUUCGAGCAGAAGCAUCGAGAGCAUUGCCAGCAAAUUAAAAAAAAAAAGCGUAGCGGCAUCUGGUGGAUUGUUUUGCCCCCAGUUGAGUGAAGGGAGAGAGAAGCGGGUGUAUAAGAAGAAAAAAGGGAGGAGACGACCAUGCCAGUUCAAGUGCAAAGCGACAUACCUGGCAGAGAGUUCUUACCUCUCAAGCGCGUACACCGAGAGGAUCCUGUGCUGCUUCGCAGCCGGGCUAUGAAGCCCGUAGCCCACCCCAAACGCAAACCGCUCGUGAAAAGCCGACUGGCAAUGGUGUCCAAGAGCGAACGCGCCAAGAAACCGCGCCGCCUUCCGAGUGACGAGACCGUCUUCUAUUCGAAUAUCUGGUCUCCGCCGGAUGUGCCCCCUACCAAGAUGUCUUCGCAACUCGUAGACAUUAGUCAAGUAGCUCAUGUGUUGACGACGAUCGACUACAAGAGCGGCUAUGAAGGUCCAACCGACACAGAGUUCUUCAAUAUCUGGGCAUCGCUGGAAUCGCAACAGAAUGCCCGAGCCGCUAAGACUGCUAUGCUAAGCAAGACGCAGCAGAGCACCAGCAACUUAUCAACGCCCAUUUCCGAGCACAGCAGCGAGGAAAGCUCGUCAGGCGUCACUCCCUCGACCAUCCUAAGCCUUGGUCCGUUGAGAAUGGAUGCCGAUACACUCCGACGAGAGCUAUCGUCGGAUGAUUUUGCCAAUGUAAUGAAUACGCCAGUCUCGGGGCCAGUGCGGAAAGGUGAAAAUGUCGUGUUCUCAAACGUAUUGACGCGCAACGACGAAGUAGACAUGAGCUGGAACUCGCAGUUUCUGCUCGGACUACACGAACCGAUCCGACAUGCUCUGUACGUAAUCGAUCGCUUCCUGGAGCGCAGCCGCGACCUGAAAUCGCCCAUGAAUUGGAAUGUGCGUGAGUUUUUCAGUUGGUUCAAGCUGCACUUCGUCGAGUUCGUACGAAAUCAGCAUCAUGUCAAGUCGACGGUACUGCUCCCCCUUGUCGUCAUCAAGUUCGUGGAAAAACGCGAUAUUGUUACUCUGUAUCAGGCCAUUUACGCGCUGGUUAAUGUUAUCGUUGCUCAGGAAGAUGACUUGGUCUUCUCCGCCGCGUCAUCUGCUGAUUCGUGGCAAACGCGUCUUGGUAUGCUGCAGGACGAUAUUCGCCGACUCAAUCAUCUACUCUUCAACGUGCUAGCGCUAGAAGAAGAGGCCUUCAAGCCUGCUAUCGAGUUGGCAUUUUCAGAGAAAGCCUUUCAGCGAUAUGUCAUGCCACGGAUCUUUCGCGCAACAAAGCCAAAGCGUGUGAUGGUUCCGUGGAUUGUGGAGCGCAGUCGCGUCUGGGGGGGUGUCAAGGUCGCUAAAGCGUACAAAGGAGACCUAUCAUUCACAGCUCGAUUCCUGUACGACCAUGUGUGGCACCCUUAUUUCGAAACUAAUAUCGCAGCAGCAAUGAAGCACUUGGACAACGAUAUGAAAGGCGUGGCUGCGAAAGACUCCGAUGAGUCGUGGUUUGGCUGCUCAGUCAUGUAAAACCAUUAAGUAUUUGCAGUUCUAGCGUCCGAGAGAAGCACUUCCUUUGAGCGUCACGAUUGUAUACAAUCGUGAAGUACCGGACGGCGACACUUUCGACACCGACAGUAGGACGGAAUGUUCUCGUUGAGUAUUUAAAGGAAUGUACAGUCGUUCCCUCUU